AUGUCGGAAGUCAAAGAUCCAGCGAUAAAGCUGUUUGGGAAGACGAUUCCGUUACCAGAGAUUUCGGCGACGGCGGCCGCCGAGGGCGGCGGAGCUCAUCUAACUACAUGUUCUGAUUUUCCUGGUGAUGAUGGGCCUACUCAAGGCCAUCCUUCUUCGCCCAAUUCCUCGCAUGAUGAGGAUAAUAUGAGCAGAGCUGGAGAAGAGCAAGACCCAGAGAAGGAUCAGCCGGAAAGGAAACUUAUUGAUCCUAAAGAUGAGGGUGGAACCCAACCUUUGACUUCAGAGCAGUUACCAGAUAGAUAUGCAACGUCAGCAACACAAAAGAACUCAGAAAUAUCAGCUUCNGAUCCUAAAGAUGAGGGUGGAACCCAACCUUUGACUUCAGAGCAGUUACCAGAUAGAAAUGCAACUUCAGCAACACAAAAGAACUCAGAAAUAUCAGCUUCUGAUGAUGAUAAUGCGGCUGUGAAAAGUAUGGAGACUGGAGAAGAACAGAAUGAGACAAGUAACUCACAAGAGAAGACCCUAAAGAAACCAGACAAAAUACUUCCAUGUCCCCGCUGCAAUAGCAUGGACACCAAGUUCUGUUAUUACAAUAAUUACAAUGUCAACCAACCCCGGCACUUCUGCAAGAACUGCCAGAGAUACUGGACAGCUGGUGGAACCAUGAGGAAUGUGCCUGUUGGUGCUGGUCGCCGGAAGAACAAACACUCGGCCUCCCACUACCGUCACAUAAGCGUCUCAGAAGCUCUUCAGAAUCCCCGAGCAGAUAUUCCAAAUGGACUUCACCACCCUACUCUGCAACCCAAUGGUACUGUCCUUGCCUUUGGAUCAGAUAAACCCCUUUUUGGCGAAAAUGGUGAAGAUCAUUCUAGUGGAUCUUCAGUCACUGCUGCAAGUUCAAUGGAUGAGGUUGGUAAAACUGUGCUGCCCGACCCAAUGAUGCCGAACUGUCAGAGCUUUCCACCUCAGGGACCAUGUUUUACCGGGCCUCCUUGGCCUUACCCAUGGAAUUCAGCUCAGUGGAGCUCUCCAGUAUCCUCGCCUGCUUUCUACCCUGCUGGCUUUCCUAUGCCAUUCUACCCUGCAGCACCUUAUUGGGGUUGUACUGUGCCAGGAACUUGGAACCUCACUUGGGUCACCCAGCCUCCUAUGUCUCAAAACCAGAUGGCCCCUCCUCCAGGGCCCAAUUCUCCAUCCUUGGGGAAGCAUUCAAGGGAAUACGACAUGCUUAAAUCAACCAACGAACACAAAGAAGGGCCACAAAAAGAGAGUGAUCCUGAGAAGUGCCUUUGGGUUCCAAAAACUUUGAGGAUUGAGGACCCUGGAGAAGCUGCAAGGAGCUCUAUAUGGGCGACACUGGGGAUUAAACAUGAUACAGCAGAUUCUAUUCGCGGAGGAGGUCUCUUUAAGGCUUUCCAAUCAAAUGGUGACAAAAAGAAUCACACAGAAACCUCUACGGUAUUACAAGCCAAUCCAGCAGCAUUGUCGCGAUCGCUAGACUUUCAUGAGAGUGCGUAA